GUGAUUUGACAGUGUGCGAAAGGUUAUAAAUCGGCCGUGCAACUUGUGUUAUUCCUGUGAUAACUGUCGAUAAACUGUCAAACUGAAAAUGUUUGCUAUAUAAUUGUUACAUAAGAAAAACAGGAAACAAUUCUGUGUUUCAAAGGAGACGGGAAGAAAUUUAUAUAUCUAAGAAGAAAGAGACAUCAAGGGAAAAAAAAGAGAAAAAUAAAUUGAAGAUACGAGCGAAUCAAGUUGAAUCCAAGUGAAGCUCUCGUUCGUUCCUCGUAACUUAGCUUACUCCAGAAGAUCGUAUAGUCGAGCGAUAAUGAGCUCCGAUCACAUGCAGAGGCGAUGGAACAGUUUGCGAAAAGUACUGGCGAGAUCGGGCCCGUUUUGCCGGCCGGACUUCGAGCCGUCCCCCGAUAAUUUGCAGGUACUUCUGGACCAGUGCAAAGUGCUCGUUGUCGGCGCCGGCGGUCUCGGAUGCGAGCUACUCAAGAAUCUGGCCCUGAUGGGAUUCAGGGACCUUCACAUAAUCGACAUGGACACGAUCGAGUUGUCUAACCUCAAUCGACAGUUCCUAUUUCGUCAUAAAGACAUUGGAUCUUACAAGGCAGCGACGGCUGCAAAAUUCAUCAACGCAAGAAUUCCCGGCUGUAAUGUGAUCCCACACAAUUGUGAGAUACAAGCUAAAUCCGAGGAGUUUUACCAAUCGUUUGACAUGAUAAUCUGUGGAUUGGAUUCAAUUGUUCCAAGGAGGUGGCUCAACAGUAUGUUAAUAUCUUUGCUCUCUUAUAAAAACGGUGAAGUAAAUCCAUCCACCGUGAUACCUAUGAUCGACGGUGGGACCGAAGGCUUCAAGGGAAAUGUUCGAGUUAUAUUACCCGGUAUGAGCCCUUGUAUCGAGUGUACCUUGGAUCUUUAUCCACCGCAAGUCACAUAUCCUUUAUGCACGAUAGCCAAUACUCCGCGUUUACCUGAGCAUUGUGUAGAGUAUGUGAAGAUAAUUCAGUGGCCGAAAGAAAAUCCGUUCGACUGUGCCAUCGACGGGGACGAUCCCCAACAUAUAAACUGGAUUUACGAGAAGUCGAAUGAUAGAGCGACACAAUUCGGCAUACAGGGCUUGACAUACAGACUGGUACAAGGUGUCGUCAAGAACAUCAUACCGGCAGUGGCAUCAACAAAUGCUGUUAUCGCCGCCGUCUGCGCGACAGAAGCGUUCAAACUCGCAACCAGUUGUAGCGCAUCCUUAAAUAAUUACAUGGUACUCAACGAUUUGGACGGAGUUUACACGUACACUUAUGAGGCAGAGAGAAAAGAGAAUUGCUUGGCAUGUGGUCAAGUACCACGAGAGAUUGAAAUUAAAGAUUCGAAAUGUAAACUACAGAAUUUGAUAGAUCUUCUUUGCGAGCGGCCAGAUCUGCAAAUGAAAAGUCCCGCUCUUACAACUAUGAUAGACGGUAAAAACAAAACUCUGUACAUGCAAAUGGUAGCGAGCAUCGAAGAGAAGACUCGCGAGAACUUAUCCAAGACUCUGGUCGAAUUAGGUUUAAAAGAUGGUAGUGAAGUAAAUGUUGCCGAUAUUACGACUCCAACUACAGUUACUAUAAAAUUGAAAUUUCUGCAGGACAAUAGUAUGAAUCAAUAAUAAAUGUUCUGAUAAUUUACUUUUCAAGCAACCCAUUUCUCAUGCAAUGUAUUUCUAUUGUUCAAAAUUCGAAAAAUGUGAACUGGAAAAUAAAAAAAUAUAAUGAAGUAUUGCAAAGUCAAAAAUUGCUCGUAC